AUGUUCCUUGCUGUUUAUUCAACUGUGGCGUCUCUACCUUUCUGCGUAGCGUUGUUUGGAACGAUAAUGAUCAGCGCUUUCAUUUACGUCAAGUCCUUUAUGAGACAACCAUCGACCAUUCCAAAGUUGUAUUUCAAAGAAUCAGCAUUGGCGUCGCAUCUCCUCAAGCGAUGCAGACUGAUGAACCGUAAAUUUGAUCCGCCUUGGUAUCUUCGAAACGCUCAUGUGCAAACGCUACUUUCAUUUUGUCUUCCACAAUCUUCGACUGAAUUUGACAGAGAAUAUCUACAAAUGCGUGAUAAAGGCGUGGUAGCGCUUGACUGGGUUCUUCACGUGCCUGUUCAUAAGAAAAAGCGUUGUACCGUAUUAAUAGUUCUUCCAGGACUCACAGCCUAUGCACUCCAUGUUGCAAAUCUGUGUAGUUUAGCUGCUCACAAAGGAUAUAAACCUGUUGUGUUUAACCAAAGAGGAUUUGGAAACACAGUUCUAACAACUCCAAAGAUACUGAGCAACGGGGAUCCGCAUGAUUUACGCCAAGUUGUAAAAUUCAUACAAGGUCGUUACCCAAAGGCGCUAAUUACAAUGGUUGGCGUUGGAACGGGAUGUUCACUUUUACUAUCAUAUCUGGGAGAAUUUGGCUCAUCGGCGAACAUUUGCGCUGGGGCGUGUUUAUCUGCUUGCUUUGAUAACGCAGAGAGAUUUUCCAAAGGCGUUCAAGGAGUAUAUGACAUAUUAUAUUUGUUGAGAUUGAAACUGACGUUAUGUAAACAUUCUAGUUCACUAUCAAACUUUAUCAAUUUUAAUGAAGUGUUAAAAUGCUGGUCUUUCCGGCAAUUUGAUGAGCUAGUGUUUUCAAAAUUAUAUAAUUUUUCAAAUGUUGAUGACUUUUGGGACCGAAAUAAUCCCUUGAGAGAUGUCGACGAGAUAGCAGUUCCUCUAUUAUUUAUCAAUAGCUUAGAUGAUCCGUUUUAUUCAAAAAUAAGUAUUCCAUACGAUCUCUGCAAGUAUUAUCCACAUUUUCUUAUGGUGUGUACUAAUAAAGGAGGACAUUGUGGAUUUAUCGACAACCCAUCCGACGUAAGUUGGUCUGAGAAACUUGCUUUGGAUUACUUGGAUUCCGUAUUAGAAUUUACAAACAAGGGUCACACUAUAAAUUAUGGUAAAUGUGCAGUUCGGUCUACAAUUUGA